UUACUGUUUUGCCUUGUUUAUCCCACAGCAUGAAAAUAAACUUGGUAAUCACAUUGGAGACAGGUCAAUGGUCAGAUCGAUAGAGAAGCGAGCCUGCACACGGACUUUCCACGUCUCCAUGUACCACCACCUCCCACAUCCUUUUCUGCCCGUAAUUACCCUCCCCUCUGAUUGGCUGACAUUUGGGAACUCCUCAGCCUAUCAGGUGCGCCGGCAGAGGUGGCCCCGGACCCCCACAGUUUAAAACCAUGGCCCCAUCCCACCGUGAGGGCAGUCUGUCAGGAGGGCCACGACACGACAAGACAGGAGCCGGGAGACUUCAGCCACACAGACUGGAGAAGAGGACAGCGGACCAGUGACCCAAACAGGUGAAGAAGAGCGGCGGACAUGGCGGGGAGACACGGUUUUUGCGGGGUGGUCCUGAUUGCUCUGCUGGUGGCCAUUUUGCUGCCUGCGUUCUUGUCUGCGGGGCCGAUCGGGCACAAGAGCAAAGCAGGUCAGAGCAUUAAAGAGAUGGCAGAGACAGCAGCCAAUCACAGGAGGCUGAUCCGAAACCGCCGUAACAUCAGCUGGUACAACCAACACUCGGACUUCUGGGCCUGGUACAAGUACUUCACCGACAAUGGCAACCAAGAGGCGGUUCAGGAGCUGGACCGCAUCUACCUGGCCUACCUGCAGAACAAGAACCGCGCUGAGGGUCGCCGCUCCUACAAGGCCUACUUGCGCCACCUGGGAGAGAUCUACAAGUCCUGUGCUGACUCCGAUGACCCCAACUGCGUGUCCGCCUACACCGCCAGACCCAAAGCCAAACCCGAGCCCCCCAAGCUCCCUAAGGCUGCCCCCAUCAGGACCUGCGACCCCACCAAGGACCCCUACUGCCUCUACAUGGCUCUGGUGCAGGGGAAGAGCCCGUACAUGCCCUUGGUGAUGCCCAUCGCCACCGCAGCACCCGUGCCCGUCAAAGCACCCGUCAAAGCACCCGCCUCCAUGUAUAUGCGGGCAGCCCCAUCCAAGGACCCUGAGUCUGGAUACUACUACUACGCCCCCUCUGCAGUGCCUUUCCUCUCCAAGGAGCAGAAGGCAGAGCUGCUGAGGAUCUGUUCUUCUGAGGAUGUGGAGUGCCUGCAGUACCACCUGAGAGCAGCUUAUGGCUACACCCCUGCCGCCGGCUCCCUGCCCUCCUACGCUCACCUCGGCUGUGACCCCAAGAAGGACCCCAGCUGCAAGGCCAAGCUGGUGCAGAAGGCCCCCUCUGGACUGUACCUGCAAUACCCCAACUGUGAUCCACUGAGGGACCCCUACUGCGCAUACGCCGCCUCACUCACGGCUGCCCGUGCCCCCAACCCCCCCGCCCCCGCCGGUCCUGGCUCCUGUAACCCCCUGUACGAAGAAAACUGCAACCCUCUGACCGCCACCCGCUUUGCCUCUCCGCCUGACUCCUACAAGCACGCCGAGAGUGACGAGGCCGCCGCCAUCCGCGCUGCCCCGCCCUCCGCCCCCGCCCACGAGCAGCAGUACGACCCCUACGCCAUGUACCGGGAUCCGUACGCCAACCGCAACCACAUCACCGACCCGUACGCCAUGUACCGCCAGCCCGCCACGCCCGCCCCCCACCAGGCCUCUCCCGACCCGUACGCCAUGAUCCGCCGCCUCAUGGCCCAGGCCCAGCUCAACGACCCCUACGCCCCCCGCAUGGAAGGCCCCGCCCCCUCCUCCAACCCCAACGACCCCUUCUCUGUGAUUCGCGAAGCUGCGGCGGCCAUGCAGCGCCAACGGCAACACCAGCGCCAGCCAGCUCCGCAGUUCCCUUUCGCCAACCACGAGGAGCCACAGCAAGCUCAGCGCCACCCACUGGGACCCCCCGGUAAGACGAAGGAAGGGUACGAUUGUUACAUGGGGUACGACCCGGAGUGCAUCCCACUGAAGCCAAACCAGCCGCGAUUUGGAGGAGCAAGACACGGGUACCCCACUGAACCAAAGGCGGUCGAUGAAAACCAGCAAAGGUACCUGGUGCCCGCCAAUCCUGACUGCGAUCCAGAAUACGACCAGGACUGCCGUCUUCGCCGUUACGAGCCGGAGCAGGCCGAACCGCAACAGGAGCAUCACGAGGAGGAACCACACCACGAUAUUCCCGAAAGAGAGCCACACCCUGAACCCCAUCACCCCGAGCAACCUGACCAGGAGCAGUACGAAACGGAGCCAUACCAGAGCGGCCAGGACGAACCGCACUCGCCGUACCCCGCAAUGCCCCAGAACAUGCCCACACUGCAAGACAUUCUGCGUCGCUACGGAGACCAGUACCGCGAGCAGGAGGAGCACAGGGCUUACCCAGACGACUACCGCAAGAAGUAAACCAAAAGAAGUGGUAACGCUUUAUAGUAGCUUCAUCUUAGUUAGCCUGAAGAAAGCAUGAAGAAAGACUUAAUUCAUAAUGAACAAAUGGUUUAUUAAGAAUGAUUCAAACUUAGUAUUUAAUUAAUCUCAAACUCUUCACUCUUAUUCCUUGAUUAAGUAAUUACUAAGCCUUAAUUAUUCUUAAAAGGCACUGUACCUGAUUUCAAAAUGUGAAAAAUGUGAAAAUUCCAAACAUCCUAAUCAAUCGAGGCGAGUUUAUAAGAUCAGGUACAGAUCUUUUUAUAAACAAUUUGUUCAUAUGAAUUAAGUCUUUGUUCAUGUUUUAUUAAGGCUAAUUAAGCUUUUGUUAUUAUAAUGUGGUACCAAGUAAAGAAAUUUAAAAAAACAUGCUGAUAUCUCGUAAGCAUGCUUAAGGACAUGUACACAGAGUUCAAACCUGGCGCAUUUGGGACACGAUGGACCCUGACAGAGAUUCUAGAGUGAUGUUUAUUGUCCUCUGACGCACUCAUAAGAAGAUGGUGCAUUCUGGCUAUGUUUUCAUGACUUUCUCUAGCUGCUUUAGUAGAAUUUCAUUUGACACGUGCUUUAGCUUUUUCCAUUUCUUUUUGAAGCGACUUGAAUUGGCAAUGACU